AUGGGGCCAGCCGAGCCGCAAGGCACGGGCUCCAGCAUGGUGUGGCACGCCACUACCACAGGUGCCACUCUGCAGACGCCAGCUGCUGCCCUGGAGUUUUUAGGAAGGGUGUUCGUUAACGAAAGGAAAAUAAGAUGCGGAACUCUCAUUUAUAGACAAGCCCCGUCAAAGAAGCUGAAAGACAAACGGAGUCUGAAAAUGGAGAGAGACCAGCAGGUUUUGAGCGCACAGAGACGGAGGUCUUUUGAAGACUGGCUUGAGACAACAUCCAUCACCUUGACACAGGUUAAUGGUCAACGAAAAUAUGGCGGUCCUCCUACGGGCUGGAUAGGUCCUGCUCCCGGCCCAGGCUGCGAGGUCUUCAUCUGCUGUAUCCCACGGGACAUGUUCGAGGACUGCCUGAUCCCGCUCUUCCAGAUCGUGGCGCCGCUGUACGAGUUCCGCCUGAUGAUGAACAUCAGUGGGCAGAACCGUGGCUUCGCCUAUGCCAAGUACGGGCGUACCAUGGACGCCGAGGCCGCCAUCCGGGCCCUGCACCUGCACCCACUGCAAGGCGGCGUGCGCCUCGUCGUCAAGCUGAGCACAGAAAAGAGACAGCUGUGUCUGGGGGAGCUGCCAGCCGGCGUGAGUGAGGAAGCGCUGCUCAACAUGCUGCGCGUGGUGUCGGACGGGGUCACAGGGGUCAUCGUGAGGGAGGCCGGGCCCAGGGGCAGGACAGCCUCUGCCCUGGUGCUCUACUCUUCACACUACACCGCUUCCAUGGCCCUGAAGGUGCUGGUGCAAGCCUUCAAGAAGCAGUUUGGCAUCUUCAUCACUGUCCAUUGGUUGUCCGGCAGCUCCAAGCCCAGACAUUACGAGCGCGAAGAAGUGGGCGCCCUCAACUCACGCUUCUCGCGGUUGCGCAAUGCUGUGGGCUGCCUGCGUCGGGUGUGUGAGCUGUAUGGGUUCGGCGUGCCACUCUACGACGUGCGCUAUCACACCAACAAUGGCUUUCUCUGCGUCACCUACAGCGUGCUGGUACCAGGGUUACCCAAACCGUUCUGCGGUGCUGCCGAAGUUUUCCCCUGCCCAGCACCAACACCAUGA